ACACAAACGAUUACACACAAUGAGGGAUCGGCAGUUUAAAUUAAAAUCAUUAUCGUCAUCAUCAAAUUGUGCCGGUUUUAAUUCCCGAUAUAUGCAUUUGUUUAUUUCAUUUACCAAAUUUUGCCAAGAGUCUUAAUGGAUCCGCAUACGUCUUUUCAGAUGCCCGACAUCGAACAAAGGAUAGAUGCGACGGACGAUGUGUCGCUUUGUCGAUUUCGCGAACAAGUGGUAUAUCCGCAGACCGCGCAGAACAAGGAAAAGCAAUGGUUGUAUAUCGUGAAUCAGGACGACCUGAAGCAAGGGAUACGCAUCGAGGUUUGCUUGAACGACGGUCAGGAGUGCAAUAUGAUCGAUGGCUUUGCCGAGGGCUACAAGACCACUUGUAAACAAAAGUUCAUCUAUCGAGAAUUGGCGGCGGUGGGAAACGAUGGUAACAUCAUCAAGGAUCAAUUUCGCUUUCCGUCGAGCUGCUGCUGUCACGUCAAGUUCAUCGGAGAUCCUACCGCCAGGCUGGGACUAAGACUAAACCUGCCAGCCAAUCGGACACAAUACAACAGACCGAACGUCUUCUCCACGUCAACAAUGUUCCGCUAAGAAAGCUAUAGGACGAACGAAAAGAGAGCAUGAGUGACGGUGUGGCUUUUUUUGUCUCAUUCGUGCCUAUGCGGACGUUCGGGAUGCAGUCGUAUCUUCGCACGUUAAGAUGUUCGACUGGAAUGACUGGUUGACCAAACUCUGAUUAAUUAAUCAAAUAAUUAUAUCAACCAACUCUAUCGUUAACCGUUAAAAUUAUUAACCGUUAACGGUAAAAUUAUUUUGUGUUUCGUACAUGGAAAAAAGUUUAGAGAGAUUAAGAGCAACGAAAUAUACAGUUGAAAAUUUUGCUGUAAACAAUUUCGUCGAUUAAAUUAAUUGUCGAGCUUGGUCGGAGUCGCCAGCGGUUUUGGUUACCCCUUUUUUUUCUUUCGUCAGAGAGAAAUAAAAACUACUUCCUGUCAUCGUUCUUUUUCUGCGUUCAGACCUCGCGCCUCAUGCUUUCUAUUUAUAUCUAUUUAUAUUGCGUCUACGAAUCGCGAAGGACCACCGCCGCGCCGUGCCGAGAGGGCGAAGAAGGAAGUUUGCGCACAAAGAAAGUCGCAAGCCGAGGACACGCGGCGAUGUUGAUUAACGGGAAACGGAACGGAGGUUUCUCCAUGAAGGAACUAGGCAGGUUUCAUAUAAAUAUCGCCAAAAUGCUCUCUUGUAUUAUUACGCAAACAAUAUUUGAAAAUAGGAUAAGAAUUACGUGUACAGAAUUAUAUUAUCAUAUGUGAUAUUAUGUGAUACGAUUACUUAUACGCUAAUUACUUAUCUACGUUGUAUUUUCUAAACCUUACAAAGUACGUUUACAAAUAAAGCGAUACAUUCUUCA